AUGGCGACUACUUUGCGACGUCGCAAUGUCCAAGAGACCAAGGCCGCCGAUAGCGACGACACCUCAAGGGACGAUAGCCCUACACCUAACCCAGCCACCCACGUCCAUGUCGUCGAGCACGUCGUCCCCAAGACCCGCAAGCGCCGUAAUACCUUCAUUUUCCUGCUUGGUAGCUUGUUCGGAAUCAUCGCCGCCGGCUUCUUCGCUUCAAGCAAUGACCUUAUCGAGUUCCCCGAGUUCACCGACUUGUCCAUGGACAGCCUGCUGGAUGCGCUCCCCGCCGGCUUGGUCAAGGACAUGCGCGAUCUUAUCCAAGGCGAGCGCGAGUUUGCCGAGACAUAUGAGUCCUUUUCUGUUGGCACAAAGGCUCGCGCUGAGGGCCUGGAAGCGUACCACCCCAUGAUCAUGAUUCCCGGGGUCAUUUCUACUGGACUCGAGUCGUGGGGAACCGCCAACAUCUCAAGGCCCUACUUCAGGAAGCGACUCUGGGGCAGCUGGACCAUGAUGAAGGCUCUUGUCAUGGACAAGGAGGUCUGGAAGAAGCACGUCAUGCUCGACAAGAGGACAGGUCUUGAUCCACCCCUGGUCAAGUUACGCGCCGCCCAGGGAUUUGAUGCGACUGACUUCUUCAUUACCGGUUACUGGAUCUGGAACAAGAUUUUUGAGAAUCUUGCUUCCAUCGGCUAUGAUCCAACAAACUCUUUCACAGCCUCUUAUGAUUGGCGUUUGUCGUACCCCAAUCUCGAGGUUCGGGAUCGAUACUUUACCCGACUCAAGUCGUACAUUGAAAUCGCUGUCGCUGUUGAUAACAGAAAGGUUGUGCUCGCGUCGCACAGCAUGGGGAGUCAGGUCCUCUACUACUUCUUCCAUUGGGUGCAGUCAGAGCAAGGCGGUCGUGGCGGUCAAGAUUGGGUUGAGCAUCACAUCGACUCUUGGAUCAACAUUAGUGGAUGCAUGCUCGGCGCAGUCAAGGAUCUGACUGCCGUUCUCUCUGGCGAGAUGCGAGACACAGCCCAGCUGAAUCCAUUUGCCAUGUAUGGGCUGGAAAAGUUCCUCAGCAAGGAGGAGAGAACCGAGAUCUUCCGCGGCAUGCCAGGACUCUCGUCUAUGUUGCCCCUUGGCGGCGAUGCCAUCUGGGGCAACCUGACCUGGGCGCCCGACGACUUGCCUGGCCAGAACUUUUCAUAUGGAUCAUUGUUGAACUUCAGGACUGGUUCAAACUGGACAACCCCCGACCGUAACUUCACAGUUGAGGAUUCCUUAUCGUACCUGCUCAACACGACUGAGGACUGGUACCAGGAUCAGAUCAAAGGAAGCUAUUCACAUGGUGUCGCUCACACCAUUGCUGAGGUUGAAGCCAACGAGCUGGACCCCAAGAAAUGGAUUAACCCUCUCGAGACCCGGCUACCUCUUGCGCCCAGCUUGAAGAUCUACUGCUUCUAUGGUGUUGGCAAACCCACCGAGCGAGCGUAUUACUACCGGCCCCCCGACCAGCCUCUGAUGACAAAUCUCAACAUCACAAUCGACACAGGCUACACCGAUGGUGAAGUAGACCACGGCGUGAUUCUGGGAGAGGGAGACGGCACAGUGAAUCUCAUCAGUGCAGGCUACAUGUGCAAUCGUGGUUGGCACAUGAAGCGCUACAACCCAGCAGGGGUCAAGGUCACGGUAGUCGAGAUGCCUCACGAACCGGAACGUUUCAACCCACGAGGAGGGCCUCGGACGGCUGACCACGUCGACAUUCUGGGGCGACACAACUUGAACGAGCUGGUGCUGCGGGUGGCUGGUGGGAAGGGUGACACAAUCACAAACAAUGUCAUCAGCAACAUCAACGAAUAUGCAGCCAAGGUCAAGAUCUACGACGAUGAUGAAGAAACGGACAAGGAUAAGGGGGCGGGUUCAUAG